AUGAAUCUCUUCAUCUUAAAUACAGGUUCUCCACUCUUUAUUUCUCAAUCACUCCUGUCCUGUAGAGUACUUUUAGAAGCUAGUAGAGGGAGAUUGAGAGUUCCAGGACUUCGAAUGGCAUACAUACCACCACAUAAGAGGCAGUCUAAGGAUGGUGAUAAUAUUCCUGUUCCUACACCUUCUUUGCUUGAACAUCAAUUCCAGAGAAGAUUAAACUUGAGAUCUUCAUCUGGUUCUGAAUCAAGUACUAGAGUUUAUAACGCUCGAAAGGUUGGAAUAAUGAUUUACGCAAAAGAUGCCAUUUCUAAAUGGUUUAUACAAGGUGGUUCAAGAUCUGAUGGUGAUCAUCUCCCGGCAGGUUCAGUUCGAAUGGAUCCUUUUCGUCUUUCCAAGUCGUUUGAGUGGAAACGAUGGGGAGAUGCAUUUGUUUUGACUUGUGACCCAGUGGAUCUCCGCAGAGAAGAAAUACCUUCGGGAGAGAUCGGAGAAGAACUGAAGCUUUCUUUUGUCAUCAGAAUUGGAAAAAUUCUUUUUCAUGGCAAGUACUUUUCUGGAGGUGUAGCAACCAGGGCGGAUGCACAAUCUUGUUUUGGUCACGUUGGAAGAUCAUUUUGCACAAACCUUCCCGACUCAUACAUGGAAUCCAUUCUUGCUACAGUUGUUCCAAAAGUCGGAGUUGAUUCCCACCAAGCAAAGGAGUAUUAUCAUGUAAAGGUAUUCGACAAGCCUAACCCUAAUACAUCUAUUUCAAUCAAAUGCCGAGUUAUAUCUGGACAACUUAAAAUGCACAAGAUUGAGCUGAACCAGAAGAGGUGUUUAGUAGUGGAUGGAUCUGGACCUGAGGUUGAUGUUAUCCACCAAGAGGGGAUUGACAACGCCAUUGAUGGAGGACGCUGA